CGGGUCAAUCGGCAAGCUUGUCGUUCGGAACAUCUCGAUUAAAUCCCACUAGCAGUGCUUAUCUAGCCUCUAACUCUGGUCCAGUGAGCCCAUCUCCAAGCAUAAUUACCAAAGGCUUUUUGCAAGGCGACGAAAACACGUAAACCCCAAAAGACUCUCAGAGUCGGCUCGACUGCUUUUGUUUACCCGUCUUUACCUGGUCAGUGCUUUCAGCCGCCGACACUGCCACUCGCGAAGUUCCCCACUGAUCUUCUAUAACCAGAAAGUGAGCGAACUGAGUCAACAACAGCAGCAGGAAGAACGCUGUUGAUCAGCAAACCACUCUAGGUUGCUCACAUCACUCGCCACCUGAACCGGAACCUCCAUCAUGCCGAGGAAGAUCCAGCAGCGGGGUGGAUCCCUGUACUGCGGAGUUACUCUGCUGGGGAUCCUGUGCCUGGUUGUGUUCCGACUUAUUCCGGGCAUCCCCUUCGGGGCUUACGUGAUGGCGGAGAGAGACCGCUACCACACCAUAGACGAUCCGAAUGUUCCCUGCAACUUCUACGACACGGUCAACCUGACGGGUCACACGUCGUUCCCGAACGGAAGCUACGACUACUACGGCACCAUAGUGCCCGCCCACUUGACCGGAACGUACGACUACAUCCACAGAUCGCUGACGGAACGCAUAGAGGUGCCGGAGCACGUCAGAGGGUGUGUCUGCAAGUUGAAGGACUGCCUCAACAUCUGCUGCCCGUGGCGCCAGGUCUUCGACUCCGAAACAGAUGGGUGCAGGAUCGAUCACAACGACAAUCGCACUUGGCCGGAGCCGCCUCUGCUCAAUGUGACCUUCCACAACCAAAGCACGCUGACGGUCAACAUGUUCCAGCAGUUCGCCAUUCAAAGCUUUCGCCCCUGCCCCAAGAUGUUCUCCCUGCAGCCAGAGAUCAACUACUGGGACGACUAUCUAAUUUUCGAGAACGGAUCCAUGUUCCGCAAAGACGACCGGCUGGUCAUCAGGAAGAAUGAGUUCUGCUUGGUGCCAUCCUACGUCAACGAGUCGGACCUCUUCUACACACUGCGUCCGGCCAACUGCGAGAUGCAGGACGACCACGGCACGGUGAAGAUCAUCAAUGCCUAUGCCAUGAUCUUCUCCAUCCCCUUCAUGAUGCUGACCAUAGCCGUCUACCUGCUGAUCCCCGAGCUCCGCAACCAGCACGGCAAGAGCCUGGUCUGCUACUUGGUGGGCCUCACCGUCGGCUACACCUCGCUGGCCUAUGUGCAGCUCUACAAGCUCGAUGCCACGGGAGCCCAAUGCCAGAUACUGGGAUAUACGGCCUACUUCUUUUUCAUGGGGGCCUACUUUUGGCUGAGUGUCAUCAGCUUCGACUUGUGGCACAACUUCCGUGGGACGAGGGGCAUCAACAGGUUCCAGGAGAACAGGCGCUUCCUGUUCUACUCGCUGUACUCGUGGGGAAUCGCCGCCGUUUUUCUGGCCUUCACCUACAGUGCCCAGAACCUGACCGAUUGGCCUGCGUACCUCAAGCCUAGUAUCGGGGAUGGCACGUACUGCUGGCUGGACAUGAGCAACUGGUCGGCCAUGAUCUACUUCUACGGUCCCAUCAUGGCCAUCGUCGUGGCCAACACGAUCAUGUUCAUCAUGACGGCGAUCAAGAUCCACGGCGUGCAACGGGAGAUGGCCAGGAUAAUUGCGAGUGAGAACAGCACCAAGAACCUGCGGACCGAGAAGGACAAGUUCGGCUUGUUCCUGCGGCUCUUCCUCAUCAUGGGCAUCACCUGGCUGUCGGAGCUCGUCUCGUUCUUCGUGGGCAGCGACAAGGAGUGGUCGAAGCUCUUCUACAUCUCGGAUCUGGCCAACGCCAUGCAGGGCUUUCUCAUCUUUAUGCUGUUCGUGAUGAAGAAGAAGGUCAAGCACUUGAUCACAAACAGAUGCUCGAGUGUGCGCGAUGGCAGUAACCAACGUCAGAGUCAGUAUUCCACCAAGACCACGUCGAGCAGCGUGGCCAAUCUGUCGCUGCACGAGAAGCCGUCGGCGGAGAAGCCCCUGGUGAUCAGCUCCAGCGUCGAUCCCCAGAGAACCACCAUCUUUCGCUGAGCACCGCGCAUCCAGUUGCCUCGGGCAGAGCAUCGAAUAGCCACGCUGGGAUGUGUUUCGGAGCAGGGAGGCUUAAUCCUUCCGGCAAACUCUAAUAGCGAUCACCGCGUACCUUUCUGUAAAUGUGGAGCAUCUAUCUAUGUUUUUGUCACCAUCGAAGGUCGAUCCCACUCUGAUCUGAAGACAUCACCAGAUCGCGCAGCCGCAGUCAUUUAAGGAUAGAACUUUAUGAAAGACACUACUAUAAGAGGAGGUCCCUAUCCCAUGUACAACCGCGAACCAUCCUACCCAAUUCACUCUCUCUUUUUAUAUGUCACGUGACCACGAACAACCUGAUUAGUCGUAUAAGAACGCUAUGCAACGCCAUAUCUAGUAUUUAUGCCUAUGCAAUCAUGCAAGUUUCCUCCGAAACAUCUGCUGAGGGAUCAAAUUUUGUACUUCUCCACUAGUCUAGGACCAAGAUAAGCACCCAGCAUAACAUACAUUUUAUGUAGAUGUGUCUUGUUGCAACUGAGAUUCUUAUUGUUUGUUAUUUGUACUGCUCUCUCUGCACAUACGUACCACUCUCCAUAUCUACAUUAUCGCCCUAAUGUAAUAAAAUACGACUAUUAUAUUUGUAUUUCAAGCUUAAUAAAGCCAAAGAUAAAAGUGAAA